UCUAGUCUUCCCCGGGGGAGGGGAAGACAAGAGGGGAGGGACCUGUAGGGACAGACACAAGCGGGGCAGGAGACAGUGCUUUAGAGUCCUGGGAGAGGGAGACCCAGGGUGCUAGACACAGUUCGAUGGGGUGGGUGUGGGGACCCAGGCACAACCCAGAACUAGAAACCCGAGCCUGAGCUCAUCCUCUGGCCAGAUACCUCCCCCAGAGACCCUUGAGGAGCGACAACUGGGCCGAGAUCCCGGGAAGAUAUUUACUGGUCCCGGAUCUGCAGUGGCGACCAAAGUAAGACCAGGACAGACGAACAGAGGACAACGCUCCCCUCAGGUCACCUAGACCCUAGAGCAACCCCUGGGGCGUCCCAGGCCGUGCUUUGGCCCAGGCAACAUCUCUCUGGUUAGGGAAGAUGGGGACACUGGCUCUGCAGUGCCUCCUUUUCUUUUUCCCGAUGCUGCUGCCGCCGCCGCACGGGGCCUCAGCAGGGAGCCUUCAUAGUCCAGGCCUGUCCGAAUGCUUCCAGGUGAACGGCGCUGAUUACCGGGGCCACCAGAACUACACGGGCCCGCGCGGAGCCGGACGCCCUUGUCUUUUCUGGGACCAGACGCAGCAGCACAGUUACAGCAGCGCCAGCGAUCCUCAGGGCCGCUGGGGGUUGGGUGCGCACAACUUCUGUAGGAACCCAGACGGUGAUGUGCAGCCGUGGUGCUACGUGCCAGAGACGGAGGAGGGCAUCUACUGGCGCUAUUGUGAUAUCCCCACGUGUCACAUGCCUGGGUACCUAGGUUGCUUCGUGGACUCUGGGGCACCCCCCGCUCUCAGUGGUCCCAGUGGCACCUCCACAAAGCUCACAGUCCAGGUGUGCCUUCGAUUCUGCCGCAUGAAGGGCUACCAGCUGGCUGGAGUGGAGGCUGGUUAUGCCUGCUUCUGUGGCUCUGAAAGCGACCUGGCCCGGGGACGGCCAGCCCCUGCCACCGACUGUGACCAGAUCUGUUUCGGCCACCCAGGCCAGCUGUGUGGAGGCGAUGGGCGACUGGGCAUCUAUGAAGUGUCUGUGGGCUCAUGCCAGGGAAACUGGACGGCGCCUCAGGGUGUCAUCUAUUCCCCGGACUUUCCGGAUGAGUAUGGGCCAGAUCGGAACUGCAGCUGGGUACUGGGCCAAAUAGGCGCUGUGCUAGAGCUCACCUUCCGCCUCUUCGAGUUGGCCGAUUCGCGAGACCGGCUGGAGCUACGCGAUGCCUCGUCGGGCAACCUGCUCCGCGCCUUCGACGGCGUCCACCCUCCGCCGUCUGGUCCUCUGCGCCUGCGCACUGCUGCACUACUACUCACCUUCCGCAGCGACGCACGAGGCCAUGCUCAAGGCUUCGCUCUCACCUACCGUGGUGAGCAGGGGCCAGCCCUCCUGCCUAUCCCCCGACCCCCGCCAACACAACCCUACUUCUGGCCACUUCGCCUCAUACCUCUCCCCGCAGGGCUGCAGGACACAGGGGAGGACAGCGCAUCUCUUAAGGUUUCGGCCGAGACUCCUGCAGGAGACCGGGAUGGUGGCAACGUGAGCUGCAGCCCUAAGCCCGGAGCUGCACAGGCUUCCAUAGGGGCCCGAGUCUUCUCCACCGUGACGGCCAUCUCCGUGCUGCUGCUAUUGCUCCUAUCGCUGCUGCGUUUGCUGCGUCGACGGAGCUGUCUGCUGGCUCCAGGAAAAGGGUCUCUGGCCUUGGGACCUUCCCGGGGUCCCGGGAGAAGCUGGGCUGUGUGGUACCGCCGGCCCCGAGGGGUGGCCCUGCCCUGUCCCCCAGGGGACUCUCAGGCUGAGGGUCCUGCCGCAACCUACCGGCCCCUCAGUGCCUCCAGCCAGAGCUCCUUGCGCUCCCUCGUCUCUGCUCUCUGACACCAGACGUCCGGGGUCCAUCACAACUUCUGCCAGCAAGAUGGACACCUGAGAUAUUAUGCAGCACCCUACCUCUUCCUUGUGCCCUGUAAAGGCCGCUCG